AUGGACCUAUAUGAUACUUUACAGGCUGAAUUUCCUCAAAUCGAUACCUCCCUUCUUGCAGCCAUCGUCGGAGACCAUGCGCGAGAAGGGGACCACACCACCUGUUCCUCUGACCAGGUCAAGACUAUACGAGAUACAUUAGAGGUUCUUUCAAACCAGGCACAGAAGGAUGAGUGGGAGCUAGACGAUAUCAUGUCCACUACGUCUCUCACAACUCCAGACCUGUGCGACAGUACAACAACCGCAAGCGAAUCAUCGUCAUCUCAGCACUCAUUCAGCUCACCACUUGGCUUCUUGACAGAGGCUUUCUCGGAUGUGCCCAAGGAACGCCUCAAACGCCUGCUGAAAGAAGAAUGUAGAGAAGCCCUGAACGGAGAUGUUGACAUGGAAAGAGUGGUGGAGUAUAUCUUGAACAUGGAACAUAUCCGCGACCUUGAGGAACGUGGAAUUGAUGCCCUUGAAGACACUCCCUCACCACUGCUCAAUGGGGAUUGGGAAACCGUUUCACAUACGAAACCGAAAUCGACACCCAAGCUCGCCAUUUCCACAAAAAAGAAGGCCAAGGGCCGUACGAUUAAAAUUGUGGAUAUGAUGCAGACGCAGCACACCCCCUCUUCUCCACCCCAGACGAAAGGGGUGCAAAAGGAGGGGCUGACUAUGGGCACGGGUGUGGACAUAUGGAUGCAAGUCUCCUCACUUUCUACUCACCUCGCCGCACUACUUCCUCCAACCCCACCGUCACAUUUUGCCUCCUUUUUCCACUCCCCGACACACGCCACAACUGCGCAAGCCCUUCGCGCUGCUCUUGUAGCCCUACCUUCGACUUCUACCAACAUCAAACACAAACCCGAUAAAAAAUCCCCUAUCAAGAAAUCUAAUCAAGACGCAGAAAAUAACACACUAUACGCCCUUCUCGACCUCCUUCAAGCCUCGCCCACUUUCGCCACUUUUGAUGCGGAACAACGUGAAACUCUGUGCGCAGACGCCCGUGUUGCACUCUCUGCCGCACAGAACAGGCCGGAUGAUGCUCUAGAUAUUGUUUGGAUCCUGCGUGAUCUUGAGCAUCCCGCAUGCCAAGCAGGAAUAUACCACCUCCCACCUCCAGUUUCAGGCUCAAAUUCAGAUUCCACCUCUGCACGCGCAAAGUUGCCAACCGGUCCCCCGCCUGUACAGCCUCCACCAUCAUCGAAGCGGAAAUCUGCAUCCUCUCCUUCUAGUCCUAACACACAGCCUCAACUCCCUGAGUCAUGGCAAGAUGUGCCGAUUCGAUCCCCCAGAACCACACAGCCCCUGGAGAAUUCCAACCCUACGAACAAGCGUAAACUCCGUGGCGCAGGCAAUAUACUCAGCAAGGGCAACAAGAGGGAUAUCAGAGAACUCUCUGGAGGCGGGACAGGAGGGAACGUCUCUGGGGCGCGGCAUCCGCACUUUGCGCGUGGAAUACUUCAGGCGCGCAUACAGCGCGACGAGCUGCUGCGCGAGGCGGGCCGAGCAUGGCGGGGGCCAUUGGGCGGGGAGGUGGCGUUGUACUAUGCGCAGAGAGCGAGGGAAGUUGCGGAGAAGGCGCGGAAGGACGCGUUGGAUGAGGCAAGGGGGUUAGUUGAGGCGAAGAGAUACGCUUCUGACGACAAAAGAUCCAUCGACCUACACGGGACGUGUGUUCAAGAGGCGAUAACGAUCACCACUGAGAUAUUGGAGGAGGAGGGAUGUUCACCUGCAUACCCCCUUCGCCUUAUUACUGGUCGCGGUACCCACUCUGUAGGGGGCGUGGGCGUGUUGAAGCCCGCAGUACACCGUGCGCUGGUGAACAAGGGGUGGGAUGUAAGAAUGUGGGACGGAGGGUUGGUCGUUCAGGGACGGGAACGAUGGCGUGUGCCUUGA